AUGCGUAUCUUCACACGACGACUAUUUCAUAACGACUAUUUUUUUUUGGCCUAUUUUUUUUUUUGGCCUAUUUUUUUUGGCCUAUUUUUUUUUGGCCUAUUUUUUUUGGCCUAUUUUUUUUUGCCUAUUUUUUUUUUUAGCCUAUUUUUUUUUGGCCUAUUUUUUUUUGGCCUAUUUGUUUUUGGCCUAUUUUUUUUUAGCCUAUUUUUUUUUGGCCUAUUUUUUUUUCACCUAUUUUUUUUGGCCUAUUUUUUUUUGGCCUAUUUUUUUUGGCCUAUUUUUUUUUGGCCUAUUUUUUUUUGGCCUAUUUUUUUUGCCGAUUUUUUUGACAAUUUUUUAACUAUUUUUUACUAA